AUGGCGGUCGAGCCUGAGCAAGCAGAAGCACCGAAUGUUGAGACGAAUACUAAGUUAUCUUUGUCAUUGUUUCGAAGGCCCGACAAGUUUAAAAUUGGCGAAGACUUUGAUUUGUUCAUCAAGAAAUGUAAUCUGUACUUCGAAGCAGUGGAACUUGAAGAUGUUAAAAAGCGACGAUUUGCGCUGUUGUUUAAUUUGAGCGAAGAUGCGUUUCGUUUGGCAGAACCGGUUGAGUUUGGCGAAGGGGAAAACGCGUACAAAGAUUGGAUUGGAAAGUUGAAGUCGUUAUUUGAAAGGAAUCAGACUGCUACGGAGAAACGUUACAAUUUUCGUCGUCGAGAACAGGAGCCUGGUGAGUCUGUUGAUUCGUAUGCUGUUUCUUUGCGAGAAGCUGGAGCUAGACGUGGUUUCCAUGGUGACGAAUAUUCUAGCAGGUUGGUUGAUCAAUUUAUUUUGGGGUUGAGAGAUAAGGCCACCCAAAACAAGUUGUUACAAGAGCCACCAAACAGUUUAGAUUCGAUGCCUUGUUAA